AGCAACUAGGACACUUCUGUUUUCGUUUUACCUUGCCUUUUUUUUUUAACAACCCCGCUCCGAGAGAUUUGGUGGGUCGUUGACCGAGACCGAUCAAUGGACCAUUCGGCUGCGCGCAAACUGUGCGCUCUUCUCGCGGUGACCCAGCUGCGGUUCGCCACGCUGGUGAUCUCCAAGCCCGCGGCCAACGCGGGGCCACACAUCAAUUCGGGCUGGGACCAAACCAUCAGGUUGAUCCACCUCUACACCACCCAGGCCAAAGGCAGCUUCCUCAGCUACCACCUCCAGAUCCACGAGGACGGCACGGUGGAUGGCAGUCGCGAGAGGACCUCGCACAGUCUCCUUGAGAUGAGGUCGGUGGCUGCGGGCGUGGUGGCGAUCAGAGGCUAUCGAAGCGGCCGCUACCUCUGCAUGGAGAGGAACGGACGGCUACAUGGUUCGCUGUCGUACAACAAAGGGGACUGUUCGUUUGAGGAGCGUUUGCUGUCGGGCAUCUACAACGUGUACUGGUCAGAGAGGCACGAGGCUCCGGUGUCACUGAGCGGCCGAAGGCAACGUGACCACACCAGGGGGAGAGCGUUACCCCCUCUCUCCCAGUUCUUGCCCAUACGGAACACGCCCCCUAUCCCUCUGGACCCAGACGAGGAAUCGUGGCUAAUGCCUGAACACCCCCCUUCACUCAUCCAGACGAAUAGCAUGGACCCCCUCGAAUUCACCUACGAUGCCACAUGAGA